UCCCCCUGUGCUGUGUAGACGCCAUAAAUGAAUUUGUAAAUGUUUUUUCCUUGUAAAUUGUGAAAAUAAAUCCGCAUUUUUAUGUUGUAUUAUGUUGUCUAACAUGCAUUCGAAUGCCAAUUCAGCUCUGAAUUACUCAAAUCAACAUUUUGCCUUGAACAUUUCAACAAGUUCAACUGGACAAUUUAAUCAAAAUCCAGACCAAGCGCCUCCCAGCAACCAUCCAGUAGCUAACCUCGCUGCUGCAGCUACUGGACAUGGACAAAAUUAUAAUGUACAAAAACCCAUUCUAUCUGCACCAUUACCUACUCCAGUACAACCAGUUGCCAAUUUAGCACCACAAAUUGCUGAACAACCGGAAAAAUCUCAUGCAAAUGGUACUGCUGAUGGUGAAUCUGCCCCUUUGUCACUUGCUCAACCUAGACCCUCUGUAACAAUAUCUCAUUCACCACAAAAAUUCAAUAUGGAAGUUGAUAAAGUUUCUGCUCCUCCAGCACAAAAUAGUGCUCCAGAAACUCCACCACCAACAACCAAAACUGCUGAUAAUAUUCAAAACUCCACCACUAUGGAAGUUACUAGUGUAAAAGUCCCUACACCUGAGAGUCCAACAGCAGACUCCGAAGACGAAAAAUCCAAUUCCCCAUCACCCACAAACGAAGAGGAACAACCUGAGCAAGAUGAAAAAGAACAAUCCGAAUCCCCAGAACCUGAAGCUGAAUCUCCUAAACCAGAAGAACCAGCUAAAAAAGAAACAACUCCUGUGGCUGAUAAAGUUAAAACUAAAGAGGCACCGUCUCCUGGGAAAAGCCAAGUGCAACAAGAAGCCAAACCUACUGCCAAAGCUGCACCUCGCAAAGCAAAAUCUGUAGUAGAUAAGUCGGUGGCCAGCUCUUCUGGAAUUCAAGCUUCAAAAAGGCAAAGAAUGAGGACUCAGCAUUAUCAAAGUCCUUUGCCUGAGAUUGAAUUGGUAUCAAAAAUGAGUACUACUAUUUUGAAGAAUAAUGAUGAGAAAUUAAUAGUUUUUUAUAAAAAUGAAUUCUUAGCUGUGCGAAAUGCUGAAGGGGGCUUUUAUUUAUGUCAAGCCGUUCAGAAUAUUUACAAAAGUUCGCCUAAAAUCAGGAUCAGGUGGUUAUCGCAAGAAUCGCAAAAUGCUAAAGGAGAAAUUUACACUCCUGAUUUUUAUGACAACAUUGAUUUUGACUGUAUACUGACUAAUUUGAGCUUGAAAAAAGCUGAAAAAGGCAAAUUCAUACUGCCAACGUCUGAAAAAUCCAGAACUGAAAGCAUAUUGAAUAGAGCCUUGGCAGUUGAAAAGGGGGAAGAAAUAUCGUCGCCUUCUUUGACAGAAGAACACCCAGAUGGAUUGGAUCUUUCAUUGUAUCGUGGUGACGAAGAACAAACAAGAAAGAGGAAGGCGAAAAAGAGGAGCCGUAAAGCAACACCUUCAGUGUCUCCUAAAGAAACGCCCACCAAAAAGAGCCCCAAAGCCUCUAAAGUACGGAAGGUCGAACCUCCUGCCAAGAAAGCAGCACCUAAAAAAGCACCUGCUAAAAAGGUUCCAAGCAAAGCACCAGUCGAAGAAAAAUCAAACAACAGAACAUCUGGCAGGUCCAGCAGUAGAUCCAGCACCAAAACUAGCCCGGUUGUAGACUCGAAGAAAGCUAAAGUGUUGGCUCGAAUAGGCAAGAAGACGGCAGUAGCAGCUACUUCAAAAAAUGCCAAAAAUACCACUAAAAAUGAAAAAUCUGGUACUAAAGCUGUAGCUACAACUAGUAAAGCUGUAGCUUCUACAAGCAAAGCUGUGGCUUCGACCAGUAAAGCGACCCCUAAGACCAGUUCAAAUGGGAAAAAUUCCAGAACCGUAAGGAAAUCCUCCAGGAAAUAAAUUUAGCGAAAUGCUGUUAAGGGCACAAAAUGUAAAGGUAACAUUUUUGAAUAAUUAAUUACUAUCCUUUAUUUUCUUAAGAUUAAGCAUUAUCACUUAACAUGUAUGUAUAUUUUUGGAUUGGUUAAGUAUUAUCUCAACGAUGUUUUAGGUUUAGUGUAACAAUAUUAUUUUCAUAAUUUUGGGAGCUUAUAAUAAUUAUUAUUAUUUAUUGGCCUAAAAUUGAUUUUGAUUUAUUUCCAUGGCAAUUUAGUGUAUGUAAAUAGGAAGAAAAAAAUAGGUCUAAGUAAUUAACAAAUUAUCUCAGAAUUUCUUCAAAGAAGGUCCUUUUUUUUGACUUAUGAAUAUGUGUGGGAACAUUUCAAAUAAAAACAUAUUUAUCAUAAUAAAACAUUUUUUGAUAUAAACUUUAUAUUUCCUAAAAAAAAAUAAACAUAAACUGUUUAAAACUUGUUGAAAUUUGUACAAAAAAAAAUUAUUUGAGAUGUUUCCAGGUAAUUUGGCCCAUAUAGAUUUUAAUACUAAUAUGUCUCACCUACAAAAAUGAGAAUGUUUGAAUGUUGAAUGCAUAUGUCCAAAAUUUAAUGUAUUGUUUAGGAACAAUCUACUUGGAAAAUUGAACAAAUAUAUUCAAAAAAAUGUACAUAAAUUACAUUUUAUUUAAAAUAAUUUGCAUUGAACGGUAAUCUUUUUCCAUUAAUUAGUUGUCUUUUUCAAAUUGGUAUCAAUUUUCUAAGUUGAACUAACAGUAUUUAUAGUUACUCUUAAGAUUCUAUGUUGGUUGACAUCUGUGUGUAUAGUGAUUAAAAAAAAUCCAUGUGUUUUGAUGGAUCUUGAAUUAGAAAUCAAUUGAUUUAUUUAAAAAAAAGCAGCUCACCUCUGGUUAGGUUCUUUUCUGCCUGUAAGUUAAUUAAGGAUUUUUUUUUUUGGCAAUAGUCUAAUUCCUACAUUUACGUGACUUUUCAUUUAUUAUUAUUUAGAAGUAUGACUUUAGCGGAAAAGUGUAAGUAUUUUGAGUAAAAUGUUCUUUUUUUUGGGAUUAGAUACAAAAUAUAAAAUAAAGAACCACAUUUGUUUAGUGUUUUAUUUAACUUUUUUGGGUUACAUAAAGUGGAACAGAAUUUGCUAUGCACCCCAUCUUUUGAUAGUUAUAACUGGUCAAGAACUUUUAAUUUGUUUCAGUCAAAUGUACAGGGUGUCCCAUUGAAGAGGUGGGAAUUAGGGUUAUGUGCGAGGGGUGUUUCACCCACUAUAUUUUGUACACCCACUGUAUUUGACUGCAUCAAAGAUGAUAGUUGACUGCAUUGACUUUUGAGCAAUUUCUAACAAGAUUGCAGGCUUCACUCGCAGCGACUGCUUAUGAUUUUGCGCAAGUGUAUAUGGAAUGUACUUGACUGCAUGUGACUGCACCUCAGACUGCGCAGAGUUUAUAACGACUGUAUUAUGACUGCAUGAAUCCAUGUAUUCCAUUGACUACAUGAGAAUGUAUGAACUGCAGAAGAAUGUAUGGACUGCAUAUACUGAAUGUUUGAUAUUUGUAAACCUACUGCACGAGUGAAACACACCUCGGUUAUGUGCUAAGCUCCUGAAGGUAGAUUUUUUUUGAUUUCACAUUCUCGGGCCAAUUUUUUAUGACAAAUCGAAUGCCGCAAACCACAGGUCUCUAUCUAUCUCUAGACUAUCCUCGAAAAGUGAACAUUUCAAGUUUCACCCCUGUAUCUCCAAAACGAAAUAAGAUAAAGACCUGUGGUUUGCGGCAUUCGAUUCGUCAUAAAAAAUUGGCCCGGGAAUGCGAAAUCAAUAAAAAAAUAAAAAUCUACCUCUAUGAGUUUACCAGAUAACCCCAAUUCCCAUCUUCAAUGGGACACCCUGUACAAAUUAAUUUCUAGGAAAAUCUAACAAAUGUUUGAAUAAAUUUUUAUUUAUAUAAUUCCUUGGGACAUUUAAGUAAAUAAUAAAGAAAAAGGAACAAUAAUAAUAAUAAUUUGUCUAACAAUAAAUACAUCUUUUUUCAAUAAAUAUAAGAGCCUCAAUUUUGAAGGCAAAAGAAAUAACAAUAUUUUUACCACACAUGCAAAUCAUUUUAUUCGCUUAAUAAGAACUUUAUACUUAAACAGUACAGUUAUCUUUUUAAAGAAGGCUAGUAACAUUACAACAAUUCCUAAAUACAUUAUUUAUAAAUAUGGAUUAACUUGCAAGAGAUCAAUAUUUUAAUUUUGGUUACACCUUAUUUUAUAGGAAUGUUUUAUAAGGAACAUUCAAAUUCAACUAAAUCAUAUAAUAACAAUAUAAGUAACAAAAAACGUUGAUCAAUGACUAGACGUUUACUUUUUUUUUGUAUUAUCACCUUGGUGUGAAGUUUAAAACUUCUAAAAAAAAAAAUUCAACAAACUUAACACGAGUUAAAUAUUUUUCUUUUUUUGAAACUUCUACUUUCCAAACAAAUUAAUUACAUUAAUGGCAAGGUAUGGCACUUUAAAUUGCUCCUUAUGGCCUAAAUAUUUUUUUAAAUUUAUCUACCAAAUAACAUUCAAAUAAAUUGUCGUCCCUGUAAAUAUGGAAAUUCAAUUCAAUUCGGCAAGCUUUAAAGCAUGGAACACUUUUUUUUUCUUAAUAAAACGUUUCGUAAUCUAGAACACUCCAUAACCUAGUGGUACGGAUCAAAAAUCAUCGAGCAAAUAGUUGCCUUUUUUCAAUCUUCACCCAUUAAACGAAUGCUGUCUUCUGCUGACGGCCUGAGAGUGCUGUUAGUCAAGAGUGAGAAUCUGUCGUGGUAGUAAUGAGCUUUGAAGGAUUUCAGAGAUCCAUCGCUUGAGUCGGACCAACUGGAAUGUUUUGGUUUGAUUUCUGUAGAUUUGGAUCUUUCUUUGGUUUGCUGAAAUUGAGGUGGGAAAUCGAAAGCUCUAAAGUUAGGAGAUCUGGGCCAAUGAGUGGGCGGCGGGCUGCGUAUCAUGUGUUCGUGCAUUUCUGGUAAAGAUAGUGGGUCUACAUCUAAAUCCAAUGAUAAUUCCUGAAAAAAAAAACAUUUGGGAAAAAUAAUCUUCAUCUUUUCUAAAGAUCUGAGCUUUUACCUUGGACAUCAAAGUUGCAUUGUCCGAUUCCUCGUCAAGACUCGAUUCCAAAAGGCUUUCUCUACUAGCAAUUACUUUCUAAAAAAAAAAAUGUAAAGAUAUGAUUUUGGAAAAAUAUUAAAUUGGAGAUGGGUCUAGGAACUUGAACUAGUAUCAGAUAGUUUUUAUUUUGGUAAAUUUUAUGCGCUUGCUUGACAAAAUGGCUUACCUAUACACAUUUUAGAAUUGAUUUAAAUAAUCUCAGCAUAAAAAAAUUUGAAAUUUCAUCACUUAAGCACAACAUAAAAACGAUUAUACAAUGUGUCCAAGAUAAGGAGGGCCAGUAUGGGGAUCUCAUAAACAGUUAAAGAUACGAUGUUGCUCAAAUUAGGAAAAAGUUGUGUAAUUUUGUGCUCAUUGAAACACCGCUCUGAUAUUUGAAAAAUGUUGAGUGAUUCCGGAGAUAUCCGAGAAAACCCGAAAUUCGCCCAAAACGAUUUUAUUCUUCCCUGACCUUAUUUGAAGAGAUAUUUCAAAAUAAAUGGCACUUCGUCAUUGCCACUUUUCUUCCUCUACAAUGUGGCAUUAUCAAAUUUGUAAUCUGACGUUUCGUCUUUGGGCCACCAUAUCAUCAGAUCCCCAUACUGGCCCUACUUAUCUUGGACACAUUAACUACUUGCCAUAAAAUAACGAGUUUGAUAAAGAUAAAGACAAAUUUAUGAAGAGAACAACGUGUUUGAUAAAGAUGAGUAUUUCCAUACAAAUUAAUAACAUACUCAAAACUUCAUUGAAAUGUUCAUUUCAUUGAUUGUUUUGAUGCACCAUUGCAUUAACACAUUGCAUAACUGCCCGACAGUGAUGUUUCCAUUAAGGCCACGUCGGACAAACAGAGUGACAAUUUCAAAAGUAGCAAUUGGGAAUAUCUCUUAGACAAUAUAUAAGGAAGAUCUCAAAUAUGUAUCGGAGAAUUGGAGGGGGAACCAAAAUGAAGCACUUUUUGAAUCACCGCGCCUUCCCCCUUAGGGGGGAGCUACCCUAACGUAUUUUUUUUGAACCUGCCUUGUGUUGUACAUCGUUGGAUAGCUCGUUUCUUUCCCUCUAUAGUCUUAUAGUAAAAUCUUAAAUUUUACCAUUAGUUUUCGGGAUAUCGGGGUUUAAAUGUAAGCACAUUUUGAAAACUAGUAAUUUUGACUAUCUUUGAGCAGUAGUAGUAGUAUCACUAGGCAAACCCAUUGAAUCUGUGAAAUGGUCGAAUGAUGGUUUUCUUCUCACAGAUACUUGUGCUUUUUAGAAAUUUUCCUUAAUUUCUGAAUUUCUCCAUCUCCAUUUUUGCCUAUUCUCGGCUCUUGAAUUGUUCCUUCUAAAUAUCUCUACAUAAAGAAAAUUCAAGAGCCUGGAAUACAAACAACAUAAUUAAGUCUACUUAAAACGCAAUAUGUAAUCCCAUUUGUCAACCAAUUAUCCAGUGACCAACAGGAUUAUAGAUCUGUAAAUUUAUCUUGCAGACAGUUAUUAGCAAGUUUAUCUCAAGAUGAAUAAGCCAGGUCUAAGAUAGAGAACAUUGGAUGUUAGCGAAAACAAUUUUAAUACAAAAACAGAUCUGUGAAAAAGUCGUCUGAUCCAAAUCCAUUCAAACAUUUAAAAUGCUGGAGGAUGUUUUCCAGCAGGUCUCUUUUCCUAUUCCAACAAACAUCCUAAGCAGCAAAGGUUAGUCAUUAUGACGUCGAUUUUAAAUAGAGCUACGUCGAUUAACCAAAAUUCGACUUCAGAGAGAAGUUGCAAAAUAUGACUUGUUUGGGACAUCACGUAGUGAACGUUUAUUUGACCAUGACAUGAACCAACAGGUUCAAAAGUUACCACGUAAAACCAAAUAUGACAUAUUCAGAAAAAAAUACCCUGUAUUAAGAUGUCUAUGAAGUGUCCAUUUGACGUCGUUGAAUUGGACGUACAUAUAUUUGGUCAGUGUGGAUGGAUUGAAAAGUUAUAUAUCUACAAAGUAAUACCAGUACAUACGAAGGCGUAGAAGGGACACCUAUAUGUUUUUUUUAUUUUCAAAGUCAUUUCUGCGUUAUGUAACUCGGAAAUAGUUAAUAAGUAUAUAUUGGAUACCCACAUCAAAAAAUGAUAAUUAAUUGUUUAGCACUAAGUAGUUUUGGCAAUUUUUACCACUUGAAUAAUGAUCAUUCUCAAAAGGUUUUUCAUUACAUUAUCGAAACAAUCUGAAAUUAGUGGUUUGUGCGUUCAAGCAAGUAAAAAUGGAAGGAUUUGUUUACCUCAAUAUUAUACCUAAGUCUCGACGUAAGUAAUUGAUGAAUCAUCACUGAAGUAAGAAAAAAAGGGACCAGGGUGAUGUAAACAAGCUAUUGUACCUAUUUUUAUAUUUGUCAUUCGGAAUUAGACUAUUGUGGAAGAAUAAACUAUCAAAAAAAUAAUAAAUCCCUAAGCUAUGAUCCUAACUGCCCUUCAAAUCGGAAUUUUGGUAAGCUUCUAGUUGAGCAUGUUUGGUAUUAGACUUUAAGCAUUUGGCUGUAGAGGUUUUCAAUAACUUCCUCUUAACAAUUGAACUUGCGUUUCACUGAUACCCAGGGCAACAAAUCAUGGUUUGAUUAUUUCUUUUUGGUAAUUGGUGUCCCCCGGGGAAGCCGUCCACCAUAAUAGGUUAGGAUCCCAUUUGUUGCACGAUUAUACUAUUAAAGGUAAGUGUAGCAGUGGGGCACUACCGAAUACCGGCGAGAAAUGGUUGAAUUAUGAUUUGCUAUUGGCUGUCAGCUGCAAAACGUGGUUCCAAGUGGAUUCAGCCUGAUGGGGCUUUAAUAGAAUAGCUGAUUGCUCUUCAAUAUUGCCAGACAAAAUUGUUUUUGUGUUUUCCAGAUGAACAGUCAAGUGAUCAUGUUCUAUAUUGUAGCUGGAUUGAAAUGGUCACGCCUCUAAAAAGGAAUGAAAAACCUUUCAAAGGAGGUAUCAC